GUGUGGUCUCGUCUCUGUCAAGUUGAAAUAGGCUCGUCAAGGGCAGCGCUGUGUCUGAGCCUGGAUACUGCCGUGUUUCUCUCCCCGUGACCAGCACCAUGAAUAUGCUCCUCAGAGUCGGUCAAAUCCGCAGAUGUGCUGCCAGCCUCAGCCAAACUAUAAACCAGGUAGCAGCAUCGAGGCAGAAGCACACGCUGCCUGACCUGACCUACGACUAUGGCGCCCUGGAGCCCUACAUCAACGCAGAGAUCAUGCAGCUGCACCACAGCAAGCAUCAUGCCACCUAUGUUAAUAACCUCAACGUGGCAGAGGAGAAGUACAAGGAGGCGCUGGCAAAGGGAGAUGUGACAACACAGGUUGCCCUCCAGCCUGCACUGAGGUUCAAUGGAGGCGGCCACAUCAACCACACCAUCUUCUGGACAAACCUCUCCCCAAAUGGUGGUGGAGAGCCGCAGGGUGAGCUGAUGGAGGCCAUCAAGAAGGACUUUGGCUCCUUCGAGAAGAUGAAGGAGAAGUUGUCUGCUGCCUCGGUGGCCGUGCAGGGCUCAGGCUGGUGCUGGCUGGGCUACGAAAAGGACAGCGGAAGGCUUCGCAUCGCUGCCUGUGCGAACCAGGACCCCCUGCAGGGGACCACAGGACUCAUUCCACUUCUUGGUAUCGAUGUCUGGGAGCACGCCUACUACCUUCAGUACAAAAACGUACGGCCAGACUACGUUAAGGCCAUCUGGAAUGUCAUCAACUGGGAGAAUGUGAGCGAGCGCCUCCAGACGGCCAAAAAGUAGACUCUAAUCCUCAAAACGUCCCCAGCUGUGAACCCCCUGCACCCUCAAAAGUCAGACCUGGGUCAAAUAGUACUUAGUCCUGCAUGAAGUGGUGAAAUGUGCCGGAUCAGUCAAUGACAAGUCAAAAUUUCAGAUUGUCGGUCGCAUUAAAAGCCAAUUCUGAGAUGCUUCUCCUUUGAUUGCCGAAACUCUCUGAUGCUUGUUAUUUUGUCAUAGGUGGCGAACAUCACGUGCUACACCAGAAACAGAAAUAAAUCAUGACAAAAGUAUUUUCAGAUACUCUCUGGCCCAGGUCUGCUCCCAACUCCCAGAUUUUGUUCAAAGCGCACAAAAAGAGCCAUCUUUCACAGCAAGGCUGGCUUCCGUUUCGUUUCACUAACACUCAAAGGAUUGCUGCGAUACAUAUACUAGGUGUCAAAUAACCAGAAUGCAUUUUGAGUUUGGUGAGCUCUGUGUUAAUCAGAAUAUAUUGUACCAGGAUCAGACAAAGUUAUUGCAAUUAAUAUUUUUGAUGUAUUAUAAUAAAAUAAUAGGAUUUGAAUUGUA